AUGGCCGACAUCAAGGCAGAAAAACUCCAGCCUGAGUCUACAGACAUGGCGGAGGUGUACGCAGAGAAAGUCGUCUUGUCUGAACACAACUUGGAGCUGGAGCGCGCGUUGCAGAACUAUGUGCCGGACUCUGCCGAAGAGAAGGCGCUGGUCCGGAAACUUGAUCUGUACAUGGGCCCGACUUUAUGGUUCAUGUACAUCUUGGCGUAUAUCGACAGACAGAACAUUGGAAACGCCAAGGUCGCCGGCAUGGAAGCGGACCUGCAGCUCGACGACUCCCAGUACGCGAUGCUGCUGUCCAUCUUCUUCAUCGGCUACCUCGUCUGCGAAGUCCCUUCCAACAUGCUGCUCACGCGGUCACGGCCGUCGUACUACCUGCCCGGCAUCAUGAUCGUCUGGGGCACCGUCUGUGCCAUCAUGUCGGUCGUCAGGAACUACGAGGGGAUGCUCGCCCUCCGAUUCUUCCUCGGGUGCAUCGAGGCAGGCUUCUUCCCGGGCGUCCUCUAUGUCAUGACUUGCUGGUACAAGAGGGCAGAGAUUGGUCAGUACCCUCAACCUGCAGCUGGCUGGCUCAUGGGUGCCAACCCCCCACCAGUCUGCAAGCGAUUUUCCAUCUUUUACACCGCUUCCGUGUGCUCUGGCGCGGUCAGCGGGCUGCUCGCCGGCGCAAUCACCGGUAAUAUGGAAGGUGUCCGGGGCAUUCGCGGUUGGCGUUGGCUGUAUCUCAUCGAAGGCGUCUGCACGGUGGGAUUCGCCGUCAUCUUCAAGUUCGUCCUGCUCGACUUCCCAGAGACGACGAAGCGUCUCUCAUUGGAGGAGCGGCAACUGGCCGUGGUCCGGAUGAUCCACGAUCGGCAGACGACGGCGGCCAGGCACGGCCAGCGUCUCACCCACUGGCAGUCCCUCAAGGCGGCCCUGGCCGACCCGCGGACGUACGUCUUUGUGGUGCUGUUCACGAUGGACCUGGGAUCCUGUACGAUCUCCUAUUUCAUCCCCACAAUCGUCAAGCAGAUGGGGUACACGUCGGUCACGGCCCAGUACAUGACGAUUCCCAUCUGGAUGGUCGGCGCCGUCUUCCUGGUCGUGCUGUCCUACACGGCCGACCGGACCAAGGACCGCCGGUGGCACAUCACGGGAUGCAUGUGCCUCAGCUUCGUCUGCACGAUUGUCUGCGUGACCGUCUCGGACCCCAGGGUCGUGUACGCCAUGCUGUGCUUCUACAUUGCGGGUCUCUACACGGCGCUCCCGUUGAUGCUCAACUGGGCCUCGGAGGUCAUCUCCCUACCCGCGGAAAAGCGCGCAGUCGUCGUCGCCCUGGUCAACUCGGUUGGAAAUCUCUCGGCGGUCUACGGGAGCAGGCUCUGGCCCUCGUCGGACGGGCCCCGGUUCGUCAAGGGCUUCGCGACGACGGGCGCCUUCACCGGCUUCGGCACCCUGCUGGCCGCGCUGAUUCCGCUCAUAUUCUCGUACUUGCCGGCGGAAGGCAACACCAAGGCCGAGCGCGACAUUUUGGCGCGCGAACGAGAGCUUGUCGAGAAUUCUCGAAGCCCCCGACCCCCUGGUGAAGUCUAA